AUGCCAAGGAAGGCGUCUCCUAUCUGCGGUAACCCGUUGUAUUUACAAUGGAUAAAGGAAAUGAUGGAAGAGGCCGGAGGAGUAUCUAAUAAUAAAAUGUACUAUGCUUAUAAAAAGGCCUAUGAUUCAAUGUCAAAGUAUCCGAUACCCUUCAAUCACCCCUGCGAAGCUAUGAUACUGAAGGGUGUCGGUCCCAAGAUAACCAAACGCCUCGAAGAGCGGCUAAGACAGUAUUGUGCUGAUACCGGGCAAGCGGUUCCAAUACGCUCUGGAGCGUACGCUAUUCUCCUUACGCUUUUCAUGGCAUACGGUAAUGGGCCUUAUCGCGCGAGUCUAACAAAACUAGAAAUAAUUAGAGAUGCAGCUCAAUUUUGUGACACGUCUUUUGAUGUUCCGGUCGCCAAAACACGUAAUUACACUGCUUGGAAUGGAAUGAAGACCUUGCUUGAGAAAGACCUUGUCUACAAAAAUGGGAGCCCCGCACGAUACAAGUUGACAGAAGCUGGGCUAGUUGUCGCAUCUCAACUUGUGGAGACUGCCAAGAAACAAGGGAAAGAGUUGGGUCCUCUCGCAGAAAAAGAACUUGUAGUCACAACAGUUCGGGUUUCUUUAGGUAUGAAUUCAGAGGCAAAUGACAUCAGUCAGGAAGUGUCAGUGGUUAAUAGCUUCGAUCGAGGUGCGGGAAGCUUAGCUGCGUCUCCGAUUAAAGCUGUGCCUCCUCCUAAAGCCGUGUCGUCACUUUGGGAGUCUUCGGCAACCCAUGCUGACUGCGGAUCUCUUAAUAGCUUGGCCGGCCCUGCACCGUUGCUUAGCUACAAAUCAAGUUUAAGCACGAAGACAACGGCAGUUAUAUCACCCCCCACUGCUGAUCCUAUGAUCUGGCAAUCAGGGACAUUGAAAACAACUACAGACAUAUCACCUCCCACUGUUGAUCCUAUGAUCUGGCAACCAGGGACAUUCAAACCAAAAGCAGCCCUAUCACUCCCCACUGUUGAUCCUAUAAUCUGGCAACCAGGGACAUUUGAAGUGCAUCUCAUACUAGAUACGCGUGAAAUACGACAUCGACAAGAUCGUACUUACAUACAAGAAAAGUUGGAAGAACGUGGCAUGACUACAAGUGUGCGUAGUUUGGAACUUGGUGAUGUUGUUUGGGUUGCAAGACAGAAAGACAGUAAUUCUGGUGAUAUCGUGCUGGACUACAUUCUUGAACGUAAGAGGAUGGAUGAUUUAGUGAGCAGUAUCAAGGAUGGAAGAUUCAAAGAGCAAAAAUUUCGAUUGAACAGAGGCGGUGUCGGUCAAGUAAUUUAUUUAGUUGAGGAGUUUGGCAGGGAAGAUGCUGUCGAAUUUGGGAUGCAAGCUAUUCAGACGGCAAUAUCAUCAACUCAAGUAGUCGAUGGCUUCUUUCUGAAAUUUACUACUAAUAUCGACCAAACUAUUGAAUACUUGGUCUCUCUAACAAAAAUGCUCAAAAAACUAUACGAGUCGGUUCCUUUGUACAUCAUACCCGAUACCUGUUUACAAUAUCAAACCUACCUUCCUCUUAAAGCUCAUCUCAAAGAACUUUACCCGGCCCGCACUUAUCAUAUAAGCUUUCUUGCUUACAAUGAACUAAACUCCAAGUCUCGCAAUCUCACUCUUCGUGACAUGUUUGCAAAAAUGUUGAUGUGUACCAAAGGUAUCUCUGCAGAUAAGGCGGCAGAGGUUAUUAAGCAAUAUCCAACACCGCAUUCGUUCUACACUGCUCUAGAAAAAUGUCAUAAUAACGAGGCAAGAUGGAAAAUAGUCAACGAAGUAUGUGGAGGUACAUUUGGAAGUAAAAAAAUAGGACCGGUCUUGAGUGAGAGGAUCGCCAAGCUAUGGUUUGUAAAGCAAUAUGCGGAUGGAGAAUGA